ACAAAUUUUAGAUGAGGUUCAAGCUGAUGUUUGACGUUCACGUCCAAUCACAGUUUUCAUUUGGGUGAUAGAAAAGUAACAAACGUCCAUGUCAGUAAUGUUGUCAUUAGUGAAAUACAAAGCAGUCAGUUUCCAUCCAUCAAAUGAACAAACAGCAGACAUGCUGUCCUUCAUGUAUAAUAUGAUUCCUUCAUUUUCCAGGUGGUAACUAUGACGACUAAGAAGCUGCUCAUUGAAACACUGAACCAGUUGAGUCCAGAGGACUUUGCUGAGUUUAAUUCACUCAUUGAACUGGAGAAAGAUCUAUCAUCCAAGCCAAGGGGCCGACUGAAAACAUCAAACACACAGGAUGUAGUGAAGCUGAUGGUGGAGACGUACAGAGGAGAGAGUGUGGAGGAGACCAGAAAGGCUUUAAUGAAGAUGAACAGGACUGAUCUGGUGCAGAGAUUAUCAGACAAACAGUUUCCUCCACUGAGCCAGAGAGUGGAAACGAUGGAGUCUCUUAUUGAGCUGCUUUUGGAGACACUGGCUGAUCUGAGAGGCAGCGAGGUCAGAGACUUCAUCGAGAUCCUGAGAAGAAAACUUGGCUCAAUGAGCCCCAUGAGUCUGUCUGCGAUGUCAGACCUGCCGGACGUGCAGGACGUGGUGUUGUUGAUGGUGAGGACUUUUGGCCAACAGUCAGUGAAGGAGAUCGUGGAGGUUUUAAAGGAGAUGGAGAGGACUGAUCUGGCUCAGAGGCUGAGAGACAGCAGCUCAGAAGCUCAAAACAAACAUCUGGAUGAACAUCUGUCUGCACUGAUCCAUAAAGUUGCAACAAUGGCAGCUGUUACAGAUGUGCUUCUAGAAACACUGAAGGAUUUGAGUUAUCAGGAUCUCAACAAAUUCAAGUUGUUCCUGCAGUUCACUUGUUUUCAGAAGAGUCUUCCACAAAUCGAACUGAGAACUGACAGAAGAGGAAUAGUGAAUGAUAUGAUUGAUAAACUUGGUCAUCAGUCUGUGGAGGUGAUCAGGGAGGUUUUAACAGACAUGCAGAGAACUGAUCUGGUGCAGAGGCUGUCAGAGAGCAGCUCAGGACUCAAAGCUGCAGGAUCAUCAGCUGAAGGAUUUGAUGUGGAGGAAACAGAGAAAGAGAAACACUCUGAGGAUGAACGUUGGCCUGCACUGAUCCACAAAGUAGAAACGAUGGAGUCUGUUAUUGAGCUGCUGCUGGAAACUCUGGAUGGUCUCAAUGAUCGAGAGCUCAGUGAGUUCAAUAACAACCUGCUACAAAUUCAUCAUGACAAAUAUUACUCAGACUUCUCAUGGAUGCCGUACAAGUGGACAGACCUGCAGGACACAGUGUUUCUGAUGGUGCAGACUUACGGCCAACAGUCAGUGGAGAAGACCAUGGAGGUCUUAAAGGAGAUGAAGAGGACUGAUCUGGCUCAGAGGCUGUCAGACUGCAGCUCACUGCCUCGAAGUAAGACAACAAAAUCAAAACUCAUUAAAGUCAUAAAACUGUUUUCAUGUCUCAUAAACGUCUGACUAAAGUCUUCUUUGACUUUAUAAAUAAUAUUUGUAAUAAAG